AUGGCUGGUCCCCGCCGAGGCAAUCCGAUCUCCGGUCCGGCGCGAGAGGCCAAACAGCCGCAGGAGAACCCGGAGGGCGUACAGACCGGCGUACGCGGUGAUCUGCUUGCGCCGGCCGGCCACGUGGAGCAUGCGUGGGAACAGGAGGUAAAGGGGGAGUUGGAGCUCGUGAAACACGCCGCAGGAGAUCUAUCCUCCGGCCAAUCUCCCCUUGGUGUGAUAUUCCUCCAUCUCCGCCCAGUCCAUCAUCCUCUUGCCGGUCGACAAGGCCACUCGGCCCAGAAGACAUACGUUCCCUCGUGUUCUUCGCGCCCAUUGCCCGGCAUGCGGUGCGGAUCCCGAAGGGUGACGGUCUCCCGACGGGGUUAUCGGAGGGUGGGGCUGCUUCGUGCAGAGACCUUGAAGAGACACAGCCAUGAGGAAAGGCUCGCAGGCCUUGGCCUGGUUUGUCAUCAGCGUCGUCUAGGUACGUCAACGGUAACCAGUCGUUUGGACCCUCAUUUCCGUGGAGCAUGCGACGACGAUGAGGAGCUGGGCCAGAAACCGGGCGAUGCCCUGAAGACAGGUCUGCACAUCGACACGGCGAUGUUGCUGCAGUCCUCAGGCUCAUCAGUGGAGACACCAUUUUACUGUAGCGCCGCAGCGGGCCGGCUGAAAAUGCGGCGUAUGACCGCCCCGAGGUAUGUUGCCUCGGUCCCGGACCCAGCCUUUCAUGGCUGCAAAGGCAUCAGGGCACCAAGCCCGACCGAGACAAUAGAACUCCCAGUGCUCGGUACCGAACCCGCUCAGAAGGUGGGGAUUCGACUAUUUUCCCCGGGGAAUGUUGAGCAUAGCCAUCGCUCUUGGCUCAGCAACGUGAAUAUGCAUGGUAGCAACACGUGUACAUGGCAAGCGAAACUCUUCAGAGCGGUGCAGCGGCGCUACGGAGCUCAGUUGGUCGUAGACGUGCUCGUCUCGAUCACGGCGCAAACCGAACGCGCUGAUGUGGUUGCCGUCAUGUCUGACGCGAAACUGAAUUAG